GCAAACGUUUCCCAGGCGGGAUGUGAAGGAGCGCCGGCCGGACCGAAGACAGCAGUAGCUUUGGGCCGGAGCCUUGGAAGCCCGAGCCUUGGUCCCCCUUGCCGUAGUCCCCCGCGCCGCCUCGCCAUGUUGCCCCUCUCUUUGUUGAAGACGGCUCAGAACCAUCCCAUGCUGGUAGAAUUAAAAAAUGGAGAAACUUAUAAUGGAAAUUUAGUGUCAUGUGACAACUGGAUGAAUAUAAACCUAAAAGAUGUCAUCUGCACAUCAAGGGAUGGUGACAAGUUCUGGAGAAUGCCUGAGUGUUAUAUUCGAGGGUCAACAAUUAAGUACCUGCGACUUCCUGACGAAGUGAUUGAUUUGGUUAAGGAAGAGGUGAUAGCAAGAGGACGCGGUAGGGGUGAAAGUAGAGGACGUGUGAGGACCAGAAGAUUGCCGAGUAGGAUCCUUGUAUAG